AAAGGAAAUCCAGGCAAAAGCUCUGGCAGGCCUGGCUUUUAAAAAAAUAUAAAUAUAACAACGAAGCAGGCAAUAAUGCUGGAUACCUGUAAAUAUAUGAUGGAAAACAGCAGUCAAGGGCAUGAUUUUUCAAGAGCCCUAUCAAAGAGAACCAAUGAAAGCCUCCCCUUUAUGGUUCAGCUAAAGUAACAUGAUGGUUAUUUCCAGAGACAAUCACUGUCAGUUCUGUGGUGGAGAAUCUCAGGACUGGGAAAGGAGUGUUGUACUUGAAGGCAACACUCAUUCAGAGAAAUAGUAAUAACUAUUCCAGAACAGGGAAAACCAGUAUUUUUCCUCCAUCCUGAUUUGUAGAGGCACACCGGAUGAAUUGGACUGAGCUGCUUUGGCCAGGUACGGUGGCCACUUACAGACCAAUGCAUUUUGUCAGAGUUAACCACGUGAAAGAUAAUUUAUGAAACAAAACAGGCAGUGCUGUUCCCGCUGGCAAGCCUGGUGUCCUGUAUCCAUGGGAGAACUCACGGAAGUACCAAAGCAUGCAUGGCUUUUAAGACACGCAAUGCAUUUAUAUUUAAAAAUCGGUUUAUACACAGAAGCAUGAUAUUAGAUUAACUAUCUAUGAGUUCAACUAAGAAAACUGCAGCCCUGUUGCUUAAUUUAUCUUGCAUGUUGCUGUGCUUUGCUAUGAAAAAAUAAUAAUUUGGGGGAUAAAACUUGGUGGAUUUCGAUAUGUUAAGGGUUACCUUUUUCUAUCUAUUAUAUCAGGGAAUUGGCUUUUAGUUUCCUUGUUGCAGAUUUUUGAAUACUAUGAGCAUGUAGUUUUUAAAUGAUUUACCCUCAGGGGAAAUCAGAGUGAGAAAGAGCAUUGUGCCUUAACCAGCUUUCAGAUUUUAUAAAUACAGGCUUAAGGUGGGGGGCAGGUGGUCUGAUGAAUCCUUAGAUCAGUUGAUAUAAAUUUAAGUUUUAAAAAUUAUUAUUAAUUAACGCUUCUCUUUGUUUUUGCAUUUACCUUCCCAGAUGUUCCAGCCUAUCAUUUUGCUUAUUCUCAUUCUCGUAUUAUUUUCAUCACUUUCUUACACAACCAUAUUUAAACUUGUUUUCCUUUUCACAUUAUUUUUUGUACUGUAAAACUUUCAUCAUUCACCAUUCAUUAUAGUAUUUUCAGUUUGUUUUAUUUUCUUCAUCCUUCAAGACCAGAAGUAAAAGAAGUAUAAUUUCUGUAGUAACCAAUGCUGUAAAAACACUGAAGACUGCUUAUUUCUUUAAAAAGACAAAACUCAUCUUACCACUACCAAAUUCAAUAAGAAGCCCAAGCAUUAAAAUAUUUCAGGCUUUACUUUAAAGGCAACUCCAGGCUUCCAAGAAACAGUGAAGAGGAGGCAGAGAGGAGCAGAGACGCUUCCUCGCUGACGCUUACACUGUUGCCAUGGACCUACAUAAGCAGUGGGAGAACACAGAGACUGACUGGCACAAGGAGAAGAUGGAAUUACUGGACCAGUUUGAUAAUGAAAGGAAGGAAUGGGAGAGUCAGUGGAAGAUCAUGCAGAAGAAAAUAGAAGAGCUUUGCCAGGAAGUAAAGCUUCGGAGGAAGAUCAAUAUGAAUCAGCGUGCUAAGGGGAUUGGUCUUGAUCUUGAGAAGGCCACUGAAGACAAAAGGAUGGUAUCUUCUCCAGAUUUUCCCAAUUCAGGACAAAGUAACUUUGCAGGGAUGAAUCCCUGGGUUGGUCUGGGAAAAGAAAAUAAAGCAGAGCAGAGCUUACUCAGUGAAGGAAAUCAAACAUGUAAGGAACUAAAGGUAACAAAAAAGUCAAAAGUAGAGUUUACGGAUCCUUUGGCCACAGACAAUCAAAAGGAAUGUGAGGCCAGGCCUGGCAUGAGGACUUCUGAGGAAGACAGCAAGAGCUGUUCUGGCGCCCUCAGCACAGCUCUUGAAGAACUUGCCAAAGUUAGUGAAGAAUUAUGCAGCUUUCAAGAGGAAAUUCGAAAGCGAUCUAACCAUAGAAGGAUGAAGUCAGAUUCUUUUCUCCAGGAAAUGCCAAAUGUAAUUAAUAUGCCUCAUGGGGACCACAUUAUCAACAAUGGCCGAUGUAUUCUUCCAGUUAAUUCAGCAAAAGAAAAACAAAAAAAUAGGAAGAAUCUGAGCUGUGCCAAUGUGCCCCAAAGCAAUCCUAUGAAAAAAUAUGGAAUUGAAACAAUUGAUUUGCAAAGAAAUGAAACUCCACCAGUUCCUCCUCCAAGAAGCACCUCUCGAAAUUUUCCCAGCUCAGAUUCUGAACAAGCCUAUGAAAGGUUGAAGGAAAGUUUCAAACACAAUAACUGGUUGGCCCAUGAGGGUCUAAGUGAAAGGACCUGCAAUCCUCACUUCCUUUUGAGGCAGCAUGAGAUGUCUACGUUGUGUCCCAAAGAAGAGAAGACUUUGAAAGAUGAUACUGUGUUUUCUUCUUUGGCACCAGAAAUCAAAAUAGAUAGCAAGCCUCCAAAUAAAGAUGUUGGACUUAGCAUGUGGUCAUACGACAUUGGGAUAGGUGCAAAAAAGAGCCCCUCUACUGUAUGGUUUCAGAAAACUUGCUCUACUCCCAAUAAGUCAAAAUACGAAAUGGUGAUCCCAGAUCACCCUGCUAAAUCUCAUCCUGAUCUUCAUGUAAAUAAUGACCGCAGCUCCUCGGGGUCACGGAACAGUAACCCACUUAGGAGUUUUAGUUAUGGCCUUGAAAGAACUAUAAGGAAUGAAAAGCUGGCAGCAAAGACUGAUGAAUUUAACAGAACUGUAUUUAGAACGGAUAGAAAUUGUCAUGCCAUACAGCAAAGUCAAAGCUACUCGAAAUCAUCUGAGGAUCUUAAGCCCUACGAUACCUCGUCUACUCAUCCGGGUAACAUAUCAGAAAAUGACAAUGUGUCUGGUAUUUGGAAAGCCAGUGCCCACCUGCCUGUGCCCAUGGAAAAUGUGCCUGAUAAUCUUACCAAGAAAUCCACAACAGGACUAGGCAGACAAAUGCAGGGACACAGAAGUCCUCGCAGUUAUCGGAAUAUGCUCCACGAGCAUGAGUGGAGACCAAGUAAUCUGUCUGGUCGACCCAGGUCUGCUGAUCCCAGGUCAAAUUAUGGUGUUGUGGAAAAGCUGCUGAAAACCUAUGAGACGUCAAUGGGAUCUGCAUUGCAAAACCCCAGCUGCUUCCGGGAUAAUGGGACCAAAUGUAAUUUUGAUGUCAGUGCUGGUACCUCAUUAAGUCAGCAUUUAGAAAUGCUCCAAAUGGAACAAGAAUUUCAGCAAAAGACAGCUACGUGUGGGGGACAGCAAGUGAAGCAAGGACUAGAUCGGAAAACGGUAACAGAGGAAUCCAUGAUAGCGAAAACUUCACAUGGAAAAGGAUUUUCCCGGCCUGCUAGACCAGCAAAUCGGCGUCUCCCAUCCAGAUGGGCACCUAGAUCUCCAUCAGCACCCCCAGCCUUGCGGAGGACUGCCCACGGCCAAACCAUUUCUCUACGAUCCGAAGCAUCAAUAAACUAAGUCUCUGGCCUGGAUUGUUAGAUUACAAAAGAUCUAGUCCUGAUUGUCAAAUGGAGCAUUCUGAGUGUUCACAGCCAGUCCUGUUCUCUUCUCUGUCUUUCAAGACCACUGGGACAAGCAACUUAAUUCUUAACUUUCCAUCAGUCUUCAGUGUUUUUAAUCUACGGAAUAAUUACUUUCCUGUAUUUUGAUUUCUUAGAUCAGAAUUUUUUAAUACCAUCCUCAUUUAAUUUUCCAAUAUGAUUUAAGUUGACACAAUGUACAAUAUUGUAUAUUCUGACUUUCUUGCAAGUGGCAGAAAGCAAGGUUAUGUGCAUGGCCAUGUGUUUGUAGGUGCAUGUGUUGAAAUCAGAAGUAUCCUAGUGUGUAUUUAGAUAAGAAAAACUUAUGUGCUAGUGUUGAAUUUGAAAUUAUAACAUGUAUACCUAUA